AUGGGUCAGUUCUUUGGUGGGAACAAGGCCGGAACCACAAACAGCCCCAGUCUCAAGGCCGGCAUACCCUCCUUCUCUGAAAGACCAGAGCCUGGGAGCAUAUCGAACUAUAGCGCCAUUCCUCGAUUUGUCGCUCCGUUAUGGCCAGACAACAGCACCCUCGACAUCAGUAUGUACGUCUCGCCGUCUCUUGCCUUGCCGGCCUUAAGCUCAUUACCGUAUGAUACACUUGUUCUGGAGGAAAAGAACUUUAUCAUGGGUAACUACAAUGAGAAGCGAGAAAUCUUGACAACGUUUAAAGUGCCGAGGACUGUUCAAGAGAAUGGUACGCUUUGGGCGCAUUUCUAUGUGGCACUCUCGGGGAGUCAAAUCGAUCCAUUGGCAAGAGACUAUAAUCCUGCUACAGCAACGCACUUCUUCCGGCCACUCAAUCAGUACCUACCGAAGAAGAAAGAGCGGAAGCUUAAGAAUCUGUUGGAAAAGACUGAAGAGCCAGAGGACGACUCAACGCCACAAACUACGAUCGAAUCAUUCUACCAUCCUAAUUUCACUAUUGCUGUGAUUCCGGACACAGGUGUUCAGGAUUGGAAAGCAAUACAUCCUGCUGUGCGAAACAAUUACCAGUUGGAGCCCAGUGGAGCUCGGGAUAGCUCGGGAGAGACGGCUUGGUAUUAUCCGGUGAUCUUCAUGAACCGAUUCUGGCAGCUCAGAUCUCACAUGACAGAGAUUAACAGUACUGUCGAACGCUUACCAUUGAACAUCCAGCUUACAAACAUGAAGAAUUGGAAGUAUAGUAUGUACGCCGCCAUGGACGAUGGUAUGAAACGGACCCAAAUGCAGGCGGCCACAACUGAUCAAGUCACUGCCGCCGGUGAUGGCAGCGAGUUUGAGAAGUUCAAAGAGAUUCUGCUGGACACAAACUCAUAUCUUCUCGGGACCACCUUUUUUGUUUCUAUUCUGCACAUGAUCUUCGAAGGUCUAGCUUUCAAGAACGACAUCGCGCAUUGGCGCAAGAAGAAGGACGUGGUUGGCACAUCCGUGCGAACUAUUCUCGCCAAUGUCUUCAUGCAGACUAUCAUCUUCCUUUAUCUCAUGGACAACAGUGAUGGCACAUCUUGGAUGAUCCUUGCAGGUCAAGGCUUCGGAAUUCUGCUCGAAGCAUGGAAGAUCACGAAGACUGUUGACGUGAGAUUGAGGGAGCCAGGACCGGAGUCUAAGUUCUCGUUCCUGCCAUACGUGGUGGUUUUUGAGGACAAGCACAAAUUGACCGAGACGGAGAAGAAGACUCAGGAGUACGAUCAGAUUGCAUUCAAGUAUUUGUACAUCGUUGCGGUGCCUCUGCUUGCCGCGUACGCUAUCUACAGUCUCGUCUACGAAACGCAUAAAUCAUGGUACAGCUUUGUCGUUGAGACACUUGUUGGCUCGGUCUACGCCUACGGCUUCUUGAUGAUGGUGCCAUCUCUCUACAUCAAUUAUCGUCUCAAAUCCGUCGCCCAUCUGCCCGGGAAGGCUAUGACCUACAAGUUCUUGAACACGUUCAUUGACGAUCUAUUCGCCUUCACAAUCCGUAUGCCCACGCUGCAUCGGUUGGCGACGCUGAGGGACGAUGUCAUCUUCUUCAUCUGGUUGUACCAGAGCUACAAGUACAAGGUCGACUACAAGCGAGUCAAUGAGUUUGGCCAAGGCGGCGAAAGUGACGAGGAAGGAGAGGAGAAGGAGAAUGCUGAUGGGAAGGAAGUCAAGGGUGCGCUUGAGGGCCAAGAUCCUAGGGAGUUGAAACCUUCUGCCGCUACAACUUCUGCAAAGGCAAAUGUUGGGACAGCGCAGAAGAGGAAGUAA